AUGGACGCCAAGGCGUAUCUAAUGCGCUACGGCUGGUCUGGCCCCGGCAAUCCUCUCAAUGCAAACCAGCGCCCUGGCCCGCACGGUGGUCUCGGCCUCACAAAGCCCAUCCUUGUCGCGAAGAAGCAAAAUAACCACGGCGUGGGCAAGAAGACGACCAAAGAUCCGACGAAUCAAUGGUGGCUUCGCGGCUUCGAAGAUGCGUUGAAAGGAGUGGGCGAGGAUGCCACUGCCACAGCGUCGGCGGGAUCAGGCAAUGCGUUGACGAGCGAACUGUACCGCUAUUUCGUCCGCGGGAAGGAGCUGCCAGGAACCAUCCAAGAAACGAAGACGAAUGAGAAUACGAGCGCCGAGACCAAAGAUAAUACUAAGUUGAAGUCCAAACGAAAGCGCAAUUCGAACGAGGAAGACACCGAUCGCCGCGCGAAAAAGGAAGAAGAGAAGGCUGCGCGGAAAGAGGAGAAGCGCAAGCGGCGGAAGGUCGAAGGGGACGUAACGGUGUCGGCAUCUAGCAAGGCUUCCGACUCGGAGAAACGCAAGGAAAGCAAGGAGGAGUGUCGGGCAAGGCGGAAGGAGAAAAACAAGGUAAAGGAAUCUCGCGGGGCCGACGAUAGCGAUACUCUGGAUGGCGAGGUCAAGGCCACGAAAAAGAAUUCAAAAAGCUCCAAACGAUCCGCCGAAGAAGACUACCCAACACCCUCAUCGACCGAAGACGCCACAGAGACAGACGAAGCGCCCACACGGUCAAAGGACAACGCGAAAAGCGAGAGCAAGAAGUCCAAGAAGAAAGACAGCAAAGGUCCCGAUACAAAGAAGAAGUUCAAGAAGGACAAAAAAGAGAAGAAAUCUACAACCAGUGUUUGA